GUGUGAAUAGGUCGACCUCAAUACAUACAAGUACAGCAAGUGUACAGGUAGAUGAUUGUGUAUUUUGGUUAUUGCAGUGUUCUCGGCUGGUGAAAUCAGGUGUCAAGAUAUUUCCUUUCCAAUUUCCUCUGGAUCACAAAGCCUCAGAAUCUCCUCGGGGCUAAAGAGGCUAGAGUCGCAAGAGCAAAUUCCCUCCCGGAUCGUCCGAUUUUCAGUUGAGAAAAAUGAGCCAAUUCCUCCCGUUCACGCCGCCUAUCGUCAAGCGGUUGCUGGGAUGGAAGAAGGACGAUACGGAAGAUCGCUGGUCGGAGAAGGCUGUCAAAAGCUUGGUGAAGAAGCUCAAGAAAACAGGGGGACUGGACGAGCUUGAAAAAGCCAUCUCGUCUCAAGAUAUUCACACAAAAUGUGUUACAAUACCGAGAUCAGAGCAUGUGGUCAGUGGGACUAACGUUUUGGCGCACCCUACCAAUACCAAAGCCCAAUCGUCCCUAGAUGGACGCCUACAAGUCUCACACAAGAAGGGCCUGCCCCACGUCAUGUACUGUCGGCUGUGGAGAUGGCCGGAUCUACAGAGCCACCAUGAGCUCAAGCCCAUCGAGCAUUGUGAGUUUGCCUUCCGACUCAAGCGAGAUGAGGUCUGCGUCAAUCCCUAUCACUACACAAGGGUCGAGACACCAGUGUUGCCACCUGUACUGGUACCCAGGCAAACAGAUGUCCCUACAGAGCUGCCGGCACUGGACGACUUGAGUAGUACGGUUCCGGACAAUGCUAAUUAUCCAGUUGGUAUGGAGCCCCAGAAUCUUCUCCCACCAGAAACCCCACCACCAGGUUACAUGAGUGAAGAUGGCGAUAACACAGAACAGAGUAUGGACACAUCACAGAAUGGAACAAUGUCACCCGGCUCCACAGAUUCACUAGAUCUGCAGCCCGUCUCCUACUGUGAGCCUCCCUUCUGGUGCGCCAUAGCCUACUACGAGAUGAACCAGAGGGUCGGUGAGACUUUCCACGCCUCCCAACCCUCUCUCACCAUCGACGGCUUCGUCGAUCCCUCCAGCUCGGAACGUUUCUGCUUGGGACUCCUGUCCAACGUCAACAGAGACCCCACGGUGGAAGUCACAAGAAGACAUAUUGGUAAAGGAGUCCGGUUAUACUACAUUGGCGGGGAAGUCUUUGCGGAGUGCUUAAGUGACAGCAGCGUGUUUGUACAAAGCCCCAAUUGCAACCAAAGAUACGGAUGGCAUCCUGCCACAGUCUGCAAGAUUCCACCAGGCUGCAACCUGAAGAUUUUCAACAACCAAGAGUUCGCCGCUCAGCUCUCCCAGUCCGUCAACCGAGGCUUCGAGGCCGUCUACCAGCUAACGCGCAUGUGCACCAUCCGCAUGAGCUUCGUCAAGGGCUGGGGCGCCGACUACCGGCGCCAGACGGUCACCAGCACCCCUUGCUGGAUUGAACUCCACCUGAACGGGCCGUUGCAGUGGCUAGAUAGGGUCUUGACACAGAUGGGGUCGCCAGUAGACAAGUGCUCCAGCAUGUCAUGAUUCCCUUGGUGGUACGCCUCGCGUCAGGCUGCUACGAUGUCCGUCGGUUUCUCGAAAAAUUCCUACAGGACUGCCCUGUAUAAAAAAUCCACUUGUGAAGUGUGAAUUGAAGAUGCAGUAGUCGGGUGACUUUGAGUAUGUGGAAGGUUUUUUUUUUGUCUGGGGAAGGGUGUCCCUGGAAAUUUGUUUUAAAAUCUUACGAGAAUACAUACCUUAAUUUCACUUUGAAUAUUCUUUUUAUUUUUAUGAUGGAAAAAAGAAAAUCACAUUGACAGAAUUAUUUCACAACUUUCACAUAAAUAUGUGAAGUGCAGAAGAUUCUACACGCCAUCUGUAAAAAAAUGAAAUUAAAAAAAACCCAAAAACAGAUUUUAGGCUUUUUGGUCCCGUAUCACUGAACAAGGAAUCCAUGAACUGAAAAAAAAACCGAAAAAACCCAACAAACUGAUGGCACGGGUACCUUAAAUGUGUGCUGCCUUUGCAUUAUUGACUGCAAUGUCUGUUGCCCUGCAGGAAAAAAUACUAACUUCGGAGAA